GUCAGGGUCGCUUAAACGCUUGGAAGUAUUCUUCAGAUUUUGACAGUUUCCACUCGAGUAAACUAUCAACACAAAACACUUGAAGAGCAAGGAUAUUUCAACUAUGGCAGGCCUUCUAAGUCUGCCAGAUGAGUCCUUGCUCAUGAUUCUUCGAGGCUUGCAUUACAAGGAUUUGGUCCGGGUGUUAAAGACUUGCAGGCGACUGAGGCAACUGGUUCCAGAUGACUCGUUGUGGAAAUGGCAGUGCCUUCACUACUUUGUUGAUAAUGAGUGCCCAGAAGGAAUGGGAUGGUACGAACACUUCAUGUAUUGGUAUCUUGACUACGGAAAAUACAAGAACUAUGCUGCCAUACGAACAGCCUGGAAUAAGAUUGAGAAAUUUACAAAGGAGUGGUGUCCCUCCAUACAUGAAUAUUUGAAUGACGGCCUAUCUGAAGAUGAGCUGGACAGUAUAGAGCAGACGUUGCCUUUCAAACUUCCCUUGGACUUCAGACUGUCCUACCGCAUACACAACGGCCAGGAGAUGAGUCUCAGUACAAGAGGAGUGCUGGGGUCGUGUACAGUUCACAGUUUUCUCUGCACAGAAUGUCUUCUACCCUUUCAGAAAGGCAUGAGGGUAUACAACAAAGGUAGCUUAUGUUUCACCAUGGACAAUACAGCUGGGCGGGGUCAGGUGAUUGGCUGUCGAAAUAUCAACAAUUUCAAGAUUGGCAGAAUCUACCACCGUGCAUUUGAGGGCACAUACGACUUAACCACACGGACAGCAAAAUGCCUUGUGUCAGGAGAUUCUUUCAAGGAGUGGCUGUGUGACUAUGCAGACAAGCUGGACAGAGGGGAAUUCUUUGUGGACAGGGAACACAUUUUCAAGUUUUACCACGAGCCAAGCUGCUUAGCAACAAGUCACCACAUCACAGUAAAGCCGACCACUAUGUACGUACCCUCCAUGUCCAGGGCGGCCCCACCCGUCAACUUCUUUGCCUACAGGAUCAUUAUGGAGAUGCCGAGUGAGGCCCCUCACAGCCAGUCGUGCAGACUGACAACCCGACACUGGACCGUCACCGAUGGCAACGGCAAGGUGGAACGGGUCACAGGGGAAGGAGUUGUUGGCCAGAACCCUGUAAUGAAGCCGGGCUCUAAGUUUGCAUGGAUCAGCUGUACCACAUUCCAGACGGACACAGGCUCAAUGGAGGGAUAUUUCAUGUUUACAAACCUACAUACAGGUGCAGAGAUGAGAGUGGAGUGUCCACGUUACCACAUGAGGGCUCUACCAUCAGAAGAUAUUCGACUGAAGUACGCCCCCAACCCCCACGCGCAGUUCUGGCCGGACGGAAUUGUGUUUGAGGAUAACUUAGAUGAUGAGUCGGAUGGGGAAAACGAGGAUGAGGAUUAUAUGGAGGAUUAUAUGGAAGCUCAGGAGGAACUUUAUGGAAUUGAGGAACUUGAUAGUGAUGAUGAACUAGAUUUUAUGGAUCCACAGGAAGCUUUCUUGGAUCCACAUUAUGUUGAUCUGCAUCAGGAUUUGGGGGAUCCAUAUGAAGAUUUGGUCGAUCCCCAUGAGGAAUUGGAAGGUGAAGACGAGGAGGUUGAAGAUGAAAAUGAGGGUGAGAAUGAUAACAUUCAUGGAAACCAUGAGGUAGAAAAUGCUGAAAAUAACAGUGUGGAAGGUGGUGCUGAAGAAAUAGGUGGAGAAGAUGAAGUUGAAGACAUGGGGGAUGAAAAUGUACAAUAAAUACAUGUACCGGUACUGAAGAUUGUCAAAUAUGGCUUUGUAAAUUAUUGGAAUAAAGUACCUUGUACUGUUCAGGGGUUCAACUUUGAAAAUUACCCGAGUGACUGUAUGAGUAUGAAGGCUUCAUGCCCAAAGCAAGGUAAAGGGGCUUAGACUUCUUUUGAAAUUGUUUCUAAUGUAUUAUAUUCAUUUCAAUGUUUUGAAUGCAAAUGUCCAAGCAAAAAAACAUCUUUACAAUAGUCAUAAGUUCAAAGCUCUCAAUCCUGAUUAAUCCUGCUUAUGGUUAAUGGGGACAACAGCAGUCAUCGGAAUUAGACUUUUGGAUGACAAAGUCUGAAUUCUUAUAUUAUUGCUUGGCAAUAAAAUUUUAAACCAGCCCUCCUUUAUAAAAUUCAGAAUUUUGAGCAAGCCAAGAAGAUAUUUUACCAGUGCAGGGCUUGUGGGCUUGUGUUAAUUUUGACCACUGCAACAGUAUCUUUUUUAUUACGAUCUUACAUAGUCAUGUAGUGCGUAUGCCAUUAAAUUAAAAUUAGUUCAUUAAAACAAUUGGAAGAGAUGUAUUACCAUUGUGACUAAUGUUCAGCCUGUCCAUAAUUAUCAAAAAAUGACUCAACUACUGGAGUUAGGAACAUGUCAUUACAUCAUUACAUCAUAAUCACUGAUGGGCCAAAGGUCUAGGUCCAUGGUAUUGAAAUAAAAAUACAUUUCUCAUGAAAUUAUUAAGAGUUUUUGUUUUACCAAAAAAAAUAAUUCAAAUUUAUUUUUCACAUAGUACUGAUUAUUUAUUUUUCACAUAGUACUGAUUCAAUGCAUACAUUUUUUAUUCUAAAUAAGGUAUAAUAAGUUUGCUUUUUAUUAUUGUCUUUGUUGGCUGUAGCUUGAAUAUACUCUAGUUUAAAGGAGAGGUGGUGAUUAUAUCAUCUUGUUAUUACUAGUACAUCAAAGGUCAAGGUCAGGGUCAUUAAAUAAAAUUAGUUUCAUAUAAAAUCAUUAGAAUUGAAUCAAAAGCUUUUUUGCUUCUCAAAAUGUUUGUUGGCAGUAUCUUGAAAACACUAAAGGAGUAUAGGCCAAUAUCAAUUCUUUAUUUCCAACCGUUAACCCUUAGGCUGCUGAUGGCGAUUUUAAAGGCUUUGCAAACAGCUUGGAACCAGACCAGACACCGAGUAACUCGGCGCCUGGUCAGGUUCCAAGCUGUUUGCCACUCAGUCAAUAUAUCCCCAAAGUUUUACGUAAAUUGAAAGAAAUUAAGAAUAAACCAGACAACAUUUUUGAGCAGACGACAAUUUACCCAGCAUGCAAAGGGUUAAGAUAACCAUAUUAUUGCACAUUGUAUUGCUAAAGCAUCCACUUUUGAGUUAGUCUGUUAUAUUAAUAAGCAAACUAGGAACAAAAGACUAUGUUUUAAUGAUCAGUUUGAGCAUACCAUACAUGCCAUAUUUCUGAGAGGCUUCCCAGGGGAUUUUGGUCUGAAUUCCAGGGGAUUUUGCUAUUACACCAGGGGAUUUUUACGCGACGAAAAUUUGCGCAAUAUCUGCAUUCAUAAUAUAAGAAUAAAUACUGAAAUACAUUCAAAUUACAAUAAUUUUUGGAUUUAGUCAUCAUGGUCCUUCAUGGAAUUUCAGACUCAUAAUAUUAUUGAUGCUUUCCACUGUCAACCUUAAGCAAGUUUUGAUUAUUAUUUUUUUUAAUUCCAGGGGAUAUGGAUCCCCUGCCCUGGCGGGGGACCAGGGGAUGGGUAGAAAUUCUGGGGGAUUUUUCCCCCCGCCGGGGGAUAUGGCAUGUAUGGCAUACCAUCUUUACUGUUUAGAGUAUGCCCACUGUGUUGCUUGCCUGCUUUAAGAUCCAAUAAUGUUAAAUGAAUGCACAAGUGACAUGUAAUAUGUUUAACCCCAUUGUUUCACAUGUAUUUUUUGUUUAUUUUUGUUUCUGCCGCUUUAAUAUAUUGUUAAUGAUUUAAUCGUGCUUAAAAUUGUUGCCAAUUUUAAGGCCAGAUAGGAAGUUUGGCCAGGAGCUAUGAUUACAGUCUCAAGUCUAGACUCAGAAAAGUACUUCUUUUGUAUUCAAAAACUUUUUUCCAUUCGUUUUACGAUAAUAAAGGUAAAUAAUUGAGCAAUUUGAAAUAGUAAUAAAAUUCAUCAAAUUUCAUCAUCAUAACUCAACUUGAGGGAAAAAUUCAAGGAAGUGAAGAUUUGCAGUUUUGUCACUUGAGUCUGAACUCAGACUUGAAACUGUUGGUAAUCAUGACCCCACAAAUAUUUUGUAUUUUUUCUUGUUGAUUUUUUAUUGCACUGCCGGCAGAGGCAAAUCUCCUUUUUUGCUUGUCUGCUAUUGUUCUUCUUUUUUACUGUUUUGAGGGAAAAUAAGUCAAGCCAUUGUCAUAGCCUUGGUGUUAUCAUGGUUGCUGUCAUGGAAACACUUGUUAGUCACGACUAGAAAAGUGUAAAAGAUGCAUGUAUUAGCAUGGACCUUUGAUCUCAUUUACUUUAUUGCAAUAUGCACAUGUGUGGCAAGUUCCAUAACUGUGUCAAAAAUAGUUUUUGAAAUAUAUCCUUUGGUUUAACCAAUAUUUAUUAAACGUAUCAAUAGUAAAGCAAUCCAAAAUCAAUACAAAGUAUACCGUAGUAUUAACUAUAUUACAUAGUUAUAAACAUGGAUUUAGAGGGUUAUUGUUUGAUUCAGUGUAUGAUCGCAAUAUAAUACUCCGAGUGAGCACCAAAAGUGAUUUUUUAUGAGGGGCGAAGUUAUGUUCCCUUUUGGUAGUUCAAGGUGGAAUAUAUACGAUUUUAAACUAAAACAAAAUUUUUUUUAAUUCAUUUUAAUAUAUAUGCCUAAACAGGGAUGAGAUUGACCUGGCGACUCAGAGCAGAAACCAUUGGGUUCUCGGGGGCACUUUUGGGAUCAAAAGCACACUGCCGUAGAAGAAAAACUGGCUUUUUAGAAGCUCUUUUGAGGGUUCUUCUGACUUUAAAUUUGAAGCAAACUGGAAUAUCAACUCUAACAACCAAAAGCUCUCUAGAAACUUUUUAAAUCAGCUGAAAAAAAAAGAAGAAUCUUUUUCUCUUUUUUUGGGGGGGGGGUCCCUGGGGCUAUAAGAUCAACGGACAAAUCACACCCCUGCUAAAAGUGGUAUUAAAAGACAUUUAACUGAUUAUAUAAAUAAUGAAAUAAAUGUACGCACACUCAUUGUCAUUUUGGAUCCGACAUAAUUGAUAUUUUGUCUCAGUCCUGUGCAUGCUUGCAUGUAUAAUUUGGUUAGCAAAACAGGCUAAAUUUUCAAAAAAUAUCAAAAUGAUAUUUUCAUUUUUCAAACAGUGAAAUAUCCUUUUUAUUUUGCUGAUCAAUAUCUUUAAACCACUGGAAAGCAUGUAAUGAAAUUUAGGAUUAGGACAUUACAAAAGUUAGGUAAAGAAUUGAGGUAUAACCAUGAUAGAACAUUCCCAACUAUGUCUCUUGAUUGAUUUAAAAAAAAAAAAACAGACCAGCAUUGGUAUCUGCUUUGAUGCUUUCAUUUUGUUUGUUAUUAUUUUUGUUUUGUUCAAUACAAGAAUGUUGUUUUCGUUUUUGUAUGUAUCCUACUUUAGUUGCAUUAAAAUAUAGAUGUUUUGAAAAAAAUAAUCAAAAUAUAAACACCAAACAAGAGGGAUGCAUUUACAUUGUUUAUUUUUGCAUACAAGUAUUCACAUUGUAUAUUGCAGAAAAUAUAUAUCGAACAUAUUGUUAUAAGAAUGGCACAUGAUUUACACACAUUGUAAAAAUCUUUGGUCAUGAUGUGGGACUACAAGUUAUAUACAUAUAUCACAAAAUAAUAUUAUCAUUCCAAGAUAGUCUCAGAGAUUAGCUCCAAAUCAGGAAUUAAUGAUUAUUUACAGUGCAUGUGUGUAUAAGCAUUCUUAAUGAGAACCUACAUCACAAAUGUUGUUUUCGUUAAUUGUGAAAUAUGAACAACAAGGCCAAGUUACAUCAUAAUUGGAAACACUUGGAUCUUUUUAGAUUUCACAUUUGGUAUACAUGUAUAAUUCUUAGUUGUAAUUCUGUUCUUUAAAAAGUUUUGUAAAUUGCAAAAUGAAAUGAGCCCAAGCGUUCUCAAGCACGGACGUUGCAGGAUUUUUAUACAUAUAUGUUUGAAAAACCUGGCUGUUAUUCCUUGAGACAGCCAUGAUAAGUAAAGGUCAGUGUUUUUUUUUUAAUAUGAAUUUACCAAUUUAAACAUGGUAACACCUAGCAUGUGCUGGGCAACCUUUUUAAAUUGAUAAUACUCAUAUGAACAAACACUGAAAGGUUUGGUGCUCAAAAUUAUGUUUUGUCUACGGGCCGAACUUCUGUUCAAACCAGCUGAUCUACCUGAUUUUAAUUAAAAAUGCCUGACUACUGAUUUACCACGAUACACUUCAAUACAACUAGACAAAAUAUAACUUCAAACACUAAAUUACAUAAACCGCAGCUGUCAAAAAUAGAUCAUUUUAGUGACGUCAAAAUACUGUCAUCUGCAAAUGCAUUUAUAAAUAUAUAGUAUCUUCAUUAUUUAAGUUAAUUGCUUUGCUAUUUAGAAGUCAUCCUUCUGCUUACUAAAUCGAAAUUUCACACUCCAGGAAGUUAAGGAUAAAAGUCAGGAAAUUGCAAUAAAUAAGUUAACAUUAAUUGAAUCAAAACACAAUACUCCAAUCGACUAAGUUGACUCCUAAAAAUGAUAAAUAAAAUGCAUUAAAGUACCCAAUUUUUAUAUCUUAAAUGUUUCAUCUGGUAUUAUUAUUUGGUUUUAGGUUAAAUUAUCAGAAAUUAAAAGUUUGCCCAAAAGAACCAAAUUCGCUGGACGUGGCUCAUUCAAUAAUUUCCAACAUCAUUGAUAAUUUUCUGUACUAUGUACAACGUAUGUAUGUUAAGUUUUGCCUGACUACCGGUGAAUGGUCACUGUAUUGUUGUUAAUGAAAAUAUAUAAAAGUUUUUUAAUAAAUUGUACUUUCCCAAA